AUGGGGUCCAACGUUCUGCCCCUCUUCUGGCAUCUUGCCAGCUCCUCCUCCCAGACGCGGUUAACCGCGACUGCAGACCUGGUGGAGGCUGUGCAGAGCUUCCAGUCGCAGUUCGAGCCCAAAACCGCCGCCGACGAUGAGGACGACGAAGACGACGAUGACGAGAAGGACGACGGCAGCGAUGUUUCGAUGGACGACGACGACGAGAUCGACCCUCAAGCCGCCAAGCUCGACGCUGAGCUCGCCCGGAAUAAUGCCGAGGACGUCGUGUACUGCGUGAAGCGUCUCAUCCGUGGUCUCGGAAGCUCGCGCGACAGCUCCCGUCUUGGAUUCGCCGUUGCCCUUACCGAGCUCCUCGCUCGGACACCGUCAGUGACUGCCGCGCAGGUUCUGAGCCUGCUGCAGCGCUCGUCGACGUGGUCGAAGACGAUGAAGGGUUCCGAGGAGCGGGAUAUGAUGUUCGCGCGGCUGUUCGGCACCGUUGCCGUCUCCGACAGCGGAGCGCUGUACAGCUCCUCAGCGACGGUCGAGGACUUUGAGCGGGUGCUCGACUCCCUCAUCCAGCUUGGACGGGGGAAGGCUUGGCUUGCCGAGGCUGCCGGCUGGGCGCUCCUGCGUGUUGUGCGUGGUCUCCUGGCCAGCAAGGUCGAGUGGAAGGACGAGGCGAUUCAGCUUCUGCUGAAGAAGAUCUACGAGGAGGACACGACCUGGACGCCUGAGAAGGUUGCGAUUUCUGUCGAGCUCGCCGACGUCAAGGCGGACUGGAAGGCGCUCCUGGCUCCGACGUUCAAGCACACCCCGCUCCUGUGCUCGCAGAACCUCCCCGCCCUCGGCCGCAUCCUGAAGGACGGCCGCGCUGAUGACGACGAGACCUCGAGCGGCGCCUACAACCCGAAACUCCACUACGUUUGGGACGUCAUCCUUUCCGCGUACACGAAGGACGGCAAGCUCGUCACGCCCAAGGGCUGGGCGCCGUUCACGGACCUGUACCGUGUUGUCGUUGAUGAGAGCCUGUUCUCCAACUCCUCUUCCGCUGAGCGCAAGUACCACGGCUUCCAGGUAUUCGAGCGCGCCCUCCCGCUACUCGACAGCGAGCAGCUCCCGCUCGCGUUCACUCCCAACUUCAUGCGCACGUGGAUGAACCACCUCUCCUCCGCCGACCGGCACCUGUACAAGGCUGCCAUGCGCGCCGCCAAGGUCGUCCAGGAGCAUGUCAAGGCUAACCCCGCCGCUGGCUGCACGCUCCUCUCGCAGCUUGUCGGCAAGCACGGCCGCCCCGACUUCGACAAGGUCACCAAGACAAAGACGGUCGAGUCGAUCCUGUCCUCGCUCGAUGCCGCGGGUGUCGCCGACUUUGUCUCUUACCUCGAAAACGUCCUCAAGGGCGACAACGACGCAGACGCGACUUCGCGAGAGGAGAAGCGUGUCUGGGCACUCGACCAGAUGCUCGCGCUCUGCCGCAACGGUGCGAUCCCGAAGGACGACGCCUGGGUCCAGCGCGUCCUUGACGACCUGCAGGUUUACGGUUUCUUCAUCGUCCGCAGCGCCGACAAGAAGGCGACGGUCGCCCCGCUCAAGGCUAUCGGCAAGCCGUUCUCCGACGCCACGAGCGCGAUCGCCCGUGCUCGCUUCUUUGCCGCGCUCGUCGAAGCCACCAAGGCCGCCGACUCGGGCAAGUGGGUCCAGCACGCGCUGGGCCUGAUGGGCCAGCUCGAGAAGAACAAGCACGUCGAGCUCGCCUCCGACGCCGACGAGGAGAUCAAAUCCCUCCGCACCAAGGCGGGCAAGGUCCUCGAGCAAGCCAAGAAGGCCGAGGGCGGUGCCGCCAAGGGUCUCCAGAUUCUGCUUCCCUUCCUUGUUCUCCAGACCUAUGACGACGUCGAGGACGCCCUCGACAUGCUCGACGAUGCCACGACCGCCGCGGAGGGUAUCCUUGGCAAGAAGGCGGAUGACGAGGUGCCCCCCAUCGACGCUUUGCUCGACGUCCUCAUCGCGCUCCUCGACAAGGGAUCGGCCGACCUCCGCACGCUCGCCAACCUUGUCUUCGGUCUUGUUGCCCCGUCCAUGGGCCGGAGUGCCAUUGACCACCUGGUUGUCCAGCUCGAGCAGGCCGGCGCCGAAGUCGACGCUGAUGAGGAGGAGGACGAUGAGGACGACGAGGAGAUGGACGAGGAUGACGAAGAGGAGGAGGACGAGUCCGAGGAGUCUGAGAACGAGGAGUCCGACGACGAGGCGGACGACGGCGGUGUCGACCCCGAGUUCCGUGCCCGUGUCGCCGAGGCUCUCCAGGUCUCGGGGCUGGCCGCCGACGCGGACGCCGACUCUGACGACGAGUCGGUUUGGGACGACGACCAGAUGAUGGCCGUCGAUGCCCAGCUCGCCGCCGUCUUCAAGCAGAACUCGACGAAUCCCAAGCGUGCCGACCUGAAGCACGCCGCAAUCGAGAGCGCGCACUUCAAGACGCGCAUCCUCGAUUUCGUCGACGCCUACCUCCGCCGGCCGUCUGCGCCUGCCCUCGGCCUCGUGCUCCCGCUCCUCCGCCUGGUCCGCUCCCCCGGCGAGCUCGCCAACAAGGCCGCCGGCAUCAUCCGCCAGCGUCUCGGAAAGGGCUCCCUCACGCUCGGCGAGGAGGACAUGAAGGAGGCGUCCGAGGUGCUGGGCGAGGUGCACGCGCUUGCGCGCCGCGCCCCCUCUGCCGAGUUCUCGGCGCUCUGCGCCGCCGCAUCCGCCUUCCUCUCUCGAGCCGCCCCCGCGGCCGCCGCGAAGGCGUACGCCGAGACCGCCUCCGACUUCGUCACCCGCAAGCACUCGCAGGUGCACCCCGCUUUUGUGGCGGACUACGUGAAGCGUUUCCCCGCCCGCGCCAUCUCUCUUACUUCAACCCUCCUCUCUCCGGCCGUCAACGCCUACCGCCAGACGCAGGCCUAUGGCCUCGUGGGCCAGCUGAUGGCCCAGCUGCCGUCGCUCGUCAAGAGCGACGAGGUGACGAGGGCCGACGCGCAGAAGCUCGCGCAGGACGCGCUCGACGCCGCGCUCGACACGCUGGCCAAGGCGGGCGAGGACGACGGCUUCAAGGCCGACAGGUGCAAGGACGUGGGCAAGUUUGCGCUCGCGGCCGCGCGCGCGCUCAAGGCGCUCGACGCGCCAAGGUCCGCCUCAAAGGCGGAGGAGACGCUCGAGAGCCUCAAGAGCGGACGGACGAAGGACAUGAAGUCUGUCCAUGGCCUGAUUUCUCAACUGAUUGCUGUUCUGAAGGCGGGUGACGCGAAGAAGGGCGGUAAGGAGAAGAAGGCGGAGAAGGCCCAGAAGGCGGAGAAGAAGGGAAAGAAGGCCGUCGAGGAGGAGGAGGUCGACGAGGACGAGGAGCCCAAGGCUAAGGGCGAGAAGCGGAAAGCAAAGACGGUCAAGGCGUCGCCCAAGACCAAGAAGGCGAAGAAGGCCAAGGCCUAA